CUUAGGCUACAAAUAAUAUUUUGUUUAGUGACUGUGAGGUGCAAGGUUAAGUAAUAGUUGUGAUUACUUAGUGCGACGUGAUAACUUUGUUUACGUCUUCGGAAAAUUAUAACUAUAUAGAAAAAAAAAAGAUGAUGUAUCAGCUAUUAUUCUUGGCGUCAGCGGCGCUGCUCGUUGCCGGCCAUGGCGGCCAUGACCAUUCCCACAUAGCAAGUACAAGCAAGGAGGGAGCAACUCUACGCGCAGUAGCUCGCCUGGCCAGCCCAGAUGGCCACGACAUCCACGGCAAUGUGACCUUUACGCAAGAGGGUGAUACGGUCCACAUCCUUGGACACAUCUACGGCAUGCCAAAGGGACUAUACGGAUUCCAUGUCCAUGAGAGUGGAGAUAUCACUGGAGGGUGCCUCUCUACUGGAGCGCAUUUCAACCCUGAAAACAAAUUACACGGCCAUCCCGAAGAUGCAGAGCGCCACGUUGGAGAUCUUGGCAACAUUGAGUUCGACAAUGAUAGCCUGAGUCAUAUUGACUUCUACGACAAAGUGAUCGCUCUAUACGGUCCCCACAGCAUCCUCGGCAGAGCUGUCGUCCUCCACGCAAUGGCUGACGACUUUGGAAGAUCAGACCACCCCGAUUCGAGGAAGACUGGCAACGCUGGAGGCCGCGUCGCAUGCGGUGUUAUUGGCAUCCAGAGUCCUGUAUAUGGCUGGGACCGGAACGCUGCCUCUUCUAGCAAAUACUGGAUUACCUCUAUCAUGUUUGUAGUUCUUUCUGUUACUACUAUGUUACUACAGUAACUUAAGUUUCUCUGAAAUGUUAUCAUAGUAAUUUAAGUUUCUUUUAAAUGUUACUACAGUAACUUGAGUU